CCUGAUCGCAGUAACGAUGGCGAACUACCGUACGGUGUACGAUGAGACCACCCGAACCUGGCACGGUCCUACCGUGAAGCAUCUGUUCAACCCGGAGGCCAGCAUGGGACAGAUCAUGCUGGAGGUACUGAGCCGCUCGCCGGACCGCGUGAUGCAGCAGGACAUGGACACUGGGCGAUCGCUGACGUACGCCGAGUUUCGGACGCGUUUGAUCCGCUUCGCCCAAAACCUUACGAAGGUCGGACUGCGGCCAGGUGAGGUGGUAGUUUUAGCCAAUGCAAACAGUGAAAAUCUGGCUCCCCUGGCGUGUGCCCUGCUAACGAUCGGUGUACCGUUUAAUCCGCUGGCGCCGGCCUUUAACGAGGACGAUAUGGAAAACAUGCUGCGAACAACGAAACCGAAGCUGGUGUUUGCCGAUGCGGACAACUACGAGGUAGUGCGGAAGGCGCUGGAGCGUGCCGUACCUCGCGGGGACACGUUGCCUCCAAUCUACGUGUUUGAGUGUACUCGGGACGAUGUGAAACAUGCGGAGGACUUCAUGAAGGAGACGGGAAGCGAAGAAACGUUUGUGGCACCUUAUCUGGGUGACUCCAAAAAAACGGUGGCCGCAAUAUUGUGCUCCUCUGGAACAUCUGGGCCCCACAAGGGCGUGCAGGUAACGCACGCCGCCUGCAUGCACAUGACGCUAAGGACACGCUUUUUCGAUGCCACUCCGUCGGUACACUUCAACUUCAGCGCCCUUCACUGGGCGACUGGUUUUGCCUCGAUGCUGACUCCGUUCUUCAGCGGGACCAUACGUCUUAUCACCCGCAAGUCCUUCAGUGAGAGACAAUUUUUGGAGGCGGUGGAAAAGUAUCGCGUUGAAGCAAUAUUUCUACCCACGGCUUAUUCAAACGCAGUGAUGGCCCAUCCACGUACAAAAACGGCCGAUCUGAGUUCGCUCAAGAUCUGGAUGAUCGGGGGCAGUCACGUGCCGGAGGAGUUGCGAGACCGGAUCGAUGCACUGCUCCGUCCAACGGGAGGCCGCUCGGUAACUACGUACGGAUCGUCGGAGAAUGGCGCCUGUGCAAUGGACAUCCCAAAGCGGAAGCCAGGCGCUACCGGACCAUUGAUGCUUAACACGAUGAUACGCAUCGUGGACGAGAAUGGGAACCGGCUGGGAGUGGGAAAGCAGGGUGAGCUGCUGACAAAGAUGAGUGUAGAAUUCGGCGGGUACUAUGGUAAUGAGGAGGCUUCCAGGAAUGCGAUCGAUUCGGACGGGUUCUUUUGGACGGGCGACAUUGGAUACAUCGACGAGGAAGGCUACCUGCACGUGGUAGAUCGCAAGAAGGACAUCUUCAAGUACAGUGGGUUACAAGUUGUACCAACCGAACUGGAAGCGAUCAUUACGGCUAUUGAGGGUGUACAGGAGGUUUGCGUGGUAGGAAUUCGAAAUACGCAGAAUGCAACCGAUGUACCAGCGGCUGUCAUCGUGAAACGACCUGACUCCAAGCUAGAUGCUUCCCAAGUGCGCUCGAUCGUAGACGGACAGGUAUCCGACUAUAAGCGAUUGCGGGGAGGUGUUCACUUUUUACCAGAAUUACCGAAAACCCAGACAGGUAAGGUAAUGCGUCGGAAGGUUAUCGAGAUGAUAUCGCGCAUGAACCAUAAUAACGCAUCUUAACGAACGCUGCGCAAG